CCAUCAGCCCGCUCCAUGCCGGCGUGUCGAAUUUUGCGUUGGCCUGAAGUGCGGCAUCCUUAUGAGCCGUGAGCUGGCUCGGAGCAUUGGUGUUCAUGGGCAUCAAUGGCAGUGGAGGAAAGCAUUGCACGACUUCGAAGAAUUUCGACGUUUGAAGGGGCGAGCGCCAGCAGUUGUAGCGCAGAAUGCCUUGCUGGUGGCAUUGGGGCGUGGUCGCCAGUUGCAUACCGCGUCCCGACUGCUUCUAGAUCUAAGACAGUGGAACAUCGAUGUUGAUCUAGAAGCCUACGGCGGACUUAUUUCAGUUUGCGGGGACCGAUGGCAAGAAGCUUUUGGUUUCCUGGAGGAGGCGCUUGGCCAAAGACUUGCCGAUGCGCAGCUUUUUCAUCAGGCGCUUGCAGCCUGUGGUGACUGGGAAAAGGCUUUCGACCUGCUGCGCAGGAUGGACAGCUGGCAUUUGUCUCCAGGUCUUCCUGCCUUUGGUGCUACCCUGUCAUGCUUCGAAAAUUCCGGACUUUGGAACAAGGCCUUGGAUCUCUUGGAAGAAGCCUGGUCUGCGACAUGUCCACCAAAUCGGAUAAUGUACAACUCAGCAUUGCGCAGCUGCGCAUCUGGGCACGCUUGGGAGGUGGCGUUGCUUCUGCUGGAUGCAAUGCAUGCGGAGGAUGCGGAGGAACCCGAUUCAUUGAGCUGGGCGGCUACGGUGAAUGCCUGUGGAAAUGCUGGAGAAUGGCAUCAGAUCCUAUGUCUUUUGGAAGACUUUUGGGAAGGCCAAGUUGUUCCAGACGACAUGGUGUACAGUGCUGCUAUUGGCAGCUUGAGUUCUUCCUGCAUGUGGAGCUGGUCUCUUCAGCUGAUGGAUGAAAUGAAGGAGUUGCAACUCGAAAGUCACCAAGCUUCGUAUGGAUCCUUGCUGUCUUCAAUGCUGUCGAACAGUGCCUGGAGGCAAGCCUUUGCCCUCUAUUUCGACGGCAAGGACCAAACUUACUUGGACUUCAGCAGCUUCCGGGACAUCUUGGUCUUUGUGGACGAGCCACAGUUUGUAGAGCAGAGGUGCAUACUUCUUGAGCGCUUGGGAGACACGGUGAAGCGUCGGACCAUGAUGGCCCAACGGGAAACUAAGAGAGCUUUCAGUGACGUGGGCGUGGCGAAUGCAGUAGGACGGUCGUACGCCAAGCUGCUUGAAAUGGAGUGGUGUGGCUACCGGCCCACUGGUCUGACGUUCGCGAAGAAACUCCGCGGCGCCAUGCAUCGGCGCUUCCAAGGUGCGCUGCCAUACAACAAGGAGCUCAACCUGCUGGCCCGAGCCGUGCAACGAGUGGUCGAUGGUGGUACUGCCACGGAAGCAAUGGAAGGUGUGGCGAAGAAGCGUUGGCGUAGCAAUCGCCUGUGGUUCGACAUGGCCGGAGGACUGAAGGCCCAGUUGCUGAUCUCCUGCCUCAAGGGAUGUCGCCAAGUGGAUGGCAAGGUCCUGGAGCUGGGUACCUACUGUGGGUACUCUGCCAUCCGCAUGGCGUCGGCCCUGCCGAUGCUGGUAGAGACGGUGGAGGAAGAUCCUCUGCGGGUGGUCAUAACAAGAUGCAUGAUCGCCAUGUCCAACCUCAGCGACCGGAUCAAGGUGUGGAUUGGCAACAGUGCUUCAGUUUUUCCCAGGCUCCAAGGGCCUUUCCAGGCAGUAUUUUUGGACCACGCAGGGAAGUACUUCUUACGUGACCUUCGCCACUUCCAAAGCCUCAACUUGGGCGAAAGGCGAGCUGUGAUUGUGGCGAACCACCAGCUGAAACCUGCAGCGCCAGAGUUUCUUUGGGAGGUGACGCAGUCGCACCUGACCCAGGUGGUCUCCGUUCCGGAGUUUGAGCAAGCUUUGGAGGACUGGAUGACGAUUACACUGCUCACCAGGCAUAUCCCGAAGCUUGGCGCAGUUCCACCAGGUAUACGCGCUUUAGAAAAGCUCUCGAACGACAUCCAGUCUCGUGCGAGCGAUCGACGUGUGCGACGCAAGGUUUCGGUGCUUUAGACAUUUCGGCCACUGCAAAGUUUGAGUCUGUCACAGAAGCUGCAGAUGAAGGGUCCAAAAA